CACCCCGCGGCACCCUGGAUAUGUUUUCUCCCAGACCCGGCUAUUUUUUUGAUAUCGUGAAACUACGAGGGAAAUAACUGCGGGGGUUUCUUCUCGGCUCCCUGCGUCUGCCCCCCACCCCCACGGACAUGCCUUCGGUUUGGGGAGCGCACGCACCCAGUCCUCGGCAAGUGAACCCCCCCAGCCGCCAGGGAGCGAAAUGAAGGGAAUUUCUGCCGCGGAAUGAAAGCUCUGCCACUCCGUCCUCUCCCCUGCCAUUUGUCCUUUCAGACUGCCUUGUAAUAGGGGCAGGAUAAGUCCGACGCGAGACCAGACGAGCCCCCCGGCCGUCUACACUUUCCCCGAUUGUCUUCCUUUGCCCUCCUGCUGCUCGCCUGGCCCCGGGAUGACUUCCUCGGUGCGGCGGCCCCGGCGGGUGCCCUGGCUGCUGGGGGCCGUCCUCCUGGUCAGCACCGCGGCCGCUUCCCAGAAUCAAGAACGGCUAUGUGCAUUUAAAGAUCCAUAUCAACAGGACCUUGGGAUAGGAGAGAGUCGUAUCUCACAUGAAAAUGGGACAAUACUAUGUUCAAAAGGUAGCACCUGCUAUGGCCUUUGGGAGAAAUCAAAAGGGGACAUAAAUCUUGUAAAACAAGGAUGCUGGUCUCACAUUGGAGACCCCCAAGAGUGUCACUUUGAAGAAUGUGUAGUAACCACCACCCCUCCCUCAAUUCAGAAUGGAACAUACCGUUUCUGCUGCUGUAGCACAGAUUUAUGUAAUGUCAACUUUACUGAGAAUUUUCCACCUCCUGAUACAACACCACUCAGUCCACCUCAUUCAUUUAAUCGAGAUGAGACGAUAAUCAUUGCUUUGGCAUCAGUCUCUGUAUUAGCUGUUUUGAUAGUUGCCUUAUGCUUUGGAUACAGAAUGUUAACAGGAGAUCGAAAACAAGGUCUUCACAGUAUGAACAUGAUGGAGGCAGCAGCAUCAGAGCCUUCUCUUGACCUAGAUAAUCUAAAACUAUUGGAGCUAAUUGGCCGGGGUCGAUAUGGAGCAGUUUAUAAAGGUUCCUUAGAUGAGCGUCCAGUUGCCGUAAAAGUAUUUUCCUUUGCAAAUCGUCAGAAUUUUAUCAAUGAGAAGAACAUUUACAGAGUGCCUUUGAUGGAACAUGACAACAUCGCUCGCUUUAUAGUUGGAGAUGAGAGAGUUACUGCAGAUGGACGCAUGGAGUAUUUGCUUGUGAUGGAGUAUUAUCCCAAUGGAUCUCUAUGCAAGUAUUUGAGUCUCCAUACAAGUGACUGGGUAAGCUCUUGCCGUCUGGCUCAUUCUGUGACUAGAGGACUGGCUUAUCUUCACACAGAAUUACCACGAGGAGAUCAUUAUAAACCUGCAAUUUCUCAUCGAGAUUUAAACAGCAGAAAUGUCCUGGUAAAAAAUGAUGGAACCUGUGUUAUUAGUGACUUUGGGUUGUCCAUGAGGCUGACUGGAAACAGACUUGUACGCCCAGGAGAAGAAGAUAAUGCAGCCAUAAGUGAGGUUGGCACAAUCAGAUAUAUGGCACCAGAAGUGCUAGAAGGAGCUGUGAACCUGAGGGACUGUGAAUCAGCUUUGAAACAAGUAGACAUGUAUGCACUUGGACUAAUCUACUGGGAGAUAUUUAUGAGAUGUACAGACCUCUUCCCAGGUGAAUCUGUACCAGAGUACCAGAUGGCUUUUCAGACAGAAGUUGGAAACCAUCCCACUUUUGAAGAUAUGCAGGUUCUUGUGUCUAGGGAAAAACAGAGACCCAAGUUCCCGGAAGCCUGGAAAGAAAACAGCCUGGCAGUGAGAUCACUCAAGGAGACAAUCGAAGACUGUUGGGACCAGGAUGCAGAGGCUCGGCUUACUGCACAGUGUGCUGAGGAGAGAAUGGCUGAACUUAUGAUGAUAUGGGAAAGGAACAAAUCUGUGAGCCCAACUGUCAAUCCAAUGUCUACUGCUAUGCAGAAUGAGCGCAACCUGUCACAUAAUAGGCGUAUGCCAAAAAUUGGCCCUUAUCCAGAUUACUCUUCUUCCUCAUACAUUGAAGACUCCAUCCAUCAUACUGACAGCAUUGUGAAGAACAUUUCCUCUGAGCAUUCCGUGUCCAGCACACCUUUGACUACAGGGGAAAAGAACCGGAACUCAAUUAAUUAUGAACGGCAACAAGCACAAGCUCGAAUCCCCAGCCCUGAAACGAGCGUCACCAGCCUGUCCACCAAUACAACAGCCACAAACACCACUGGUCUCACUCCUAGUACUGGCAUGACUACUAUAUCUGAGGUGCCGUACCCAGAUGAAACCAGUCUUCAUGCUGCAAAUGCUACACAGUCGAUUGGGCCAACACCUGUGUGCUUACAGCUAACAGAAGAAGACUUGGCGACCAACAAGCUAGACCCAAAAGAAGUUGAUAAGAACCUCAAAGAAAGCUCUGAUGAGAAUCUCAUGGAACAUUCUCUUAAACAGUUCAGUGGGCCAGACCCAUUGAGCAGCACCAGUUCUAGCUUGCUUUACCCACUCAUAAAGCUUGCAGUAGAAGUGACUGGACAGCAGGACUUCACACAGGCUGCAAAUGGCCAAGCAUGUUUAAUUCCUGAUGUUCCACCUACUCAGAUUUAUCCUCUUCCCAAACAACAGAACCUUCCUAAGAGACCUACUAGUUUGCCUUUGAACACCAAAAAUUCAACAAAGGAGCCCCGGCUAAAAUUUGGCAGCAAGCACAAAUCAAACUUGAAACAAGUAGAAACUGGGGUUGCCAAAAUGAACACAAUCAAUGCAGCAGAACCUCAUGUGGUGACUGUUACCAUGAAUGGGGUGGCAGGUAGAAACCAUGUUAACUCCCAUGCUGCCACAACCCAGUACGCCAAUGGGACAGUACCAUCUGGCCAGACAGCCAACAUAGGGGCACAUAGGGCCCAAGAAAUGCUGCAGAAUCAAUUUAUCAGUGAGGACACCAGGCUGAAUAUUAAUUCCAGUCCUGAUGAGCAUGAACCUUUACUGAGACGAGAGCAGCAGGCUGGCCGUGAUGAAGGUGUUCUGGAUCGUCUGGUGGACAGGAGGGAACGGCCACUAGAAGGUGGCCGAACUAAUUCCAAUAACAACAACAGCAAUCCAUGUUCAGAACAAGAUGUUCUUACACAAAGUGUUCCAAGCACAGUAGCAGAUCCUGGGCCAUCAAAGCCCAGAAGAGCACAGAGGCCUAAUUCUCUGGAUCUUUCAGCCACAAAUGUCCUGGAUGGCAGCAGCAUGCAGAUAGGUGAGUCAACACAAGAUGGCAAAUCAGGAUCAGGUGAAAAGAUCAAGAAACGUGUGAAAACUCCCUAUUCUCUUAAGCGGUGGCGCCCCUCCACCUGGGUCAUCUCCACUGAACCACUGGACUGUGAGGUCAACAGCUAUGGCAACGAUAGGGCAGUUCAUUCCAAAUCCAGCACCGCUGUUUACCUUGCAGAAGGAGGCACUGCCACAACCAUGGUGUCUAAAGAUAUAGGAAUGAACUGUCUGUGAAAUGUUCUCAAGCCUACGGAGUAAAAUUAUUUUUUGCAUCAUUUAAACAUGCAGAAGAUAUUAAAAAAAAAAAAAAAAAAACUGCUUUAUCCUCCCCGUCAGCACCCCUCCCAACCCUGCAACCAGGACUUGCUUUAAAUAGAUUUCAGCUAUGCAGAAAAAUUUAGCUUAUGCUUCCAUAUUUUUUAAUUUUGUUUUUUUUUAAGUUUUGCACUUUUGUUUAGUCUUGCUAAAGUUAUAUUUGUCUGUUAUGACCACAGAAUUAUAUGUGUGUGUAUCAAAAGUGGUCUCAAAAUAUUUUUUUAAGAAAAAAGCAAAAACAAUGUAUUGCUGAUAAUCAGUUUGGACCAGUGUCUAAAGGUCAUUAAAACAGAAGCAAAUUAAGACAGGUUUGACUGCAGUGGUGUCUGGUAUCCAUGUUUUAUUUCUGGGCACAAGCUAGUUUAUAUAUUGAUAUACUUUCCUGAACAUAUUAUCUGUUGGACUUUCUUUUCUCUUGUGUUUUGUUUGAAUGUGCAAUAGUCUAUAGGCCACAAAUAAGCUUUCUUGUAAGCUCUCUUCCCAAUGGGGCACACAUUCUUUCAUAAUAUGAGUACUUUUCUUCCCCAACUUCCAUACUUUUGUAGGUCAAUUCUGUGACAGUGAAUUUUGCACAGGAGAAAGCUUAUUUCUUGCUUUCUCUCUCCUUAACAUGGAGAAUGCAGAAAUAUAAUCUCAAAGGGCUCUAAAGAAGCAACUACAAAAAUUUAAUUUGAAAAUGCCAUUUCUUUUUACCUUCUAAAUUCUAAACAUUUUCUUCCAGGCAUUUUACUAAACAUUUGGUUCUGGUUUUAGAAGUUUGUAAGAGAGCAUAGAACAAAAUACAGGAACUUAACUAUUAGCCUUUUCCCAUUUUAUUUUAUUUUUAUUUGUAUGUUCAUAUUCCAUAUUCAUUUUUAUCAGAAAACUUACAAAGCUAGACUUACAGAAUUUUUAAAUAGGUUGAUGGUUAAGACAGUAUGGUGUUACAGCUUUCAUUCUCUGAAUAGGCCAUUUUUGACUCAAAUAAAAUUAUAUUUCCUGUUUAUUAUAAUUUCAAAAAUAGUUCAUAGUAUUGAACCUGCAGUAUCUUUUAUUAUGUUCCCAAGCAAAGCCUGGUGACUUUAUCUGAAGAUGAUUCCUCUUGCCAUGACCUAACACACUGUGGAGAACUCAUUCAGCUGGCAUGCCAAAUCCCCGUGAGAGUGAGGAUUGCUGCCAAACCUACCUUUAUGGAGCACACUGAGACUCAACUUCUCUUUUCAAAACUGUGUGUUUCUUUGCUAAUCUUGUUUUCAUAAUUCCUCCUUUGUGCCAGUUUUUCACAUGACCUUUGAUAUGUGAAGAACAUUUAUUAUUUAUAUUAUGUUAGAGUAUACUUUUUAGUGGUAACAUGUCCUUGGAAUCAUUUUUUUUUAAAGCUUUGUUUGCUUCAUUCAUUACUAAUCAUCUUCUCUAGAACAACAACCUCAGCAUGUUUUUUGUUUUUUCAACUAAAGCACUUUCUGUCAAAUAAGGGACUAUUUUUUUUUCCUAAACACUAAGCACAAAUUAUUUUCUGUCAUCUCACUUGGUUUAUUUUUUUCAGAUUCUCAGAGUACUUACAGGAUGUUUUCUAAUUAAAGAUUUAUGUGGGAGAAAAAAUGAGUACUAAUAAAACACAUACUCCCAGAUUGCUCAUUUAGAUUUUUAUCUCCUGGUUAGUAUUUUUUCACUCGUUUUCCUCUGUCUUUAUCAGUUUACUAAAUUUACCACUUAGCCUAAAUUUCCCAGUUUGUUGUCCAAAAGGCCUUCCUUGUUUGCCAUCUUAUAUGAUAUUAGAAGUUAGUUUGCUACAGCACUUAUAGUUGUGCAGCUGGAUUGCUGAACACGGUUCUCAGUUAUUACAAUUCAGAUUGUGCUAAUGUCCUGGAUUUCCAUCUUUUAUGUUUGUUGACCCUUCUUUGAUUCAGACCCUCAAUAUGUUUUUGCCACAUAAUGUUUGUUUGUUUGUUUGUUUUUUUGACAGGCAGAGUUAGACAGUGAGAAAGAGAGACAGAGAGAAAGGUCUUCCUUUUCCGUUGGUUCAUCCCCCAAAUGGCCGCUAUGGCUGGUGCACCACGCCAAUCCGAAGCCAGGAGCCAGGUGCUUCCUCCUGGUCUCCCAUGCAGGUGCAGGGUUCAAGGACUUGGGCCAUCCUCCGCUGCCUUCCUGGGCCACAGCAGAGAGCUGGACUGGAAGAGGAGCAACCGGGACAGAACUGGCGCCCCAACCAGGACUAGAACCCGGUGUACUGGUGCUGAGGCGUAGAAUUACCCUAGUGAGCCACGGCGCCAGCCAACCACAUAAUGUUUUUCAUACAAUUAUUGUUCAUUUAUCUUGUGACAAAUUAUUUACAUUGAUAAAGAGUAAAUUUUCACUUAGUUCUCUUGCUUUUAAAUGUCUUUCAAGUGAAUUUCAGGAUAUUCUUUUCAAGUAUUUAUAGGACAGCUUUGAAAAAAAUAAAUUGUUCCUUCUCAUUUGAAGCAUUGAGGUUCUAACUGAUCUUUUUCUGCCAGAAGUGUUGUCUUAGGUUCUGUUAUACUUUGAUUUGAGCCAGUUGAUUGCAAGUUUUCCACCAUUUUUAAUUGUUUCAUAAUAUAAUGCUUUAAAAAUUAAUAUACCAGUUUAUAAGAACUGUAUAGUUUCCUGUUUCAUGCAAACAUGUUUAAAACAAAUACUUUACUUUCCCCAAUUUUUAAAAGUAGACUCUCAAGGAAAUGGGAAGGUAAAAAAAAGUACAUAAUUUUAAUAAAUUUUAAAUUACAUUACACAUAAGGCAAAAUCACUUUAAAUGAAUAAGUAUUUCUUAAAGUGGAUAUCUAACUGCUAUCACAAAACUACAUAUAGAAGAGCAUUUGGGUGUUUUUGAAUAAAAGGCUAUUCAAUUAAAAAUACUAAAAUUCAUUUCCCUGGAUAGUAAUAUAACCAAACUUAAAAUAGGUAAUCAAGGUUUAAUAUUAGUUCCCUUAACAAAAUCCUAAUUGUAUACCAGAGUUAGAUCAUUGAAAGAAAAUAAUUUGAAUUAUGUUUUGACAAAAAUUGUUGUUAUUCUUAAAAACUUUUUCUAAAUGCAUAAUUGGGGAAAAAACACUUUUAUUAGUGUAGAACGCUAUAGAAAGGUACAUAUUGAAUGCUGGGGUAUACACACACUAUUUCUUUUAAUCUACAUAUCAGUCAUCUGAGAGUUACAGUUAAUAUUCCCACUUUAUAAAUGCCUAAGAGAAGCUGAGUCACUUGCCUAAGGGCUGCAUCUGGUAAUAGACAAACCUGGAAUUUUAGCCUAAGAUGUCCCCUUUCCACAUUUUUUAUCCACAUCGCACUACCUACAUGCUACCUGAUAGGAUAUGUAGUGUACUAACAUUUUUGUAAGAAAUUCAAUCAUUAUAUUACCACAAUGUGGUUUAUAUGUAAGCCAACCCAGAUACCUUAAAGAUUUUAGAAGUUAGGCAAACAUAAGAUGUGUAGACACAUCUAUGCUUAUUGUUACUUGAGAGAUAAUUACUAAAUCAAGAUGAAAUUUAGUCCUGUAUCUACCAUGUUGAACCUUAAACUCAUUUCACUUUACUCCAAUAACAUUUUUAUAUUGCAAAUCUGAAGGUAAAGUAAGUGUAAAGGGAGAAGUGAAGGUAGCUUUUGGAACAAUAGAAACUUUUUCCUAAUUUGAUUCCAUACUAGAUUUAGAGGAAUUAAUUUAAUAUUGAUUUCAGUCUCGUAAUCCUUAACUGUCUUCAACAUUCUUAUUGUUAGUAACUUUAGAAAAUUUACUAAUCCAGAGAACUAAUUGAUUAAGAUGUGAGAAGAAUAUAGGGAUAAUGUCCAUUUUAUAAAGCAGUUUAGUAUAGCUUCCAUGUAAGUAUCCACUUGUUCCAAAAAAUGUACAUUGGUUCUGAAAGUGAAAAUAGAGAGGGAGAAACACAAUAAAUGUUACAGUGGAAAUUGUCAUGAAAUUUGGCAAGUGUUUUAAAAAUACAUUCUAAUCUGGCCCCUAAGGUCAAAUGCAAUACUAAUAGGCUGUGGUAAAUCUCUCUCCCUUGAAAGUCAUUGAAUACUUCAAUAAACUUUUUGUUUCCAUGUUUUAUACUUAUGGACAUGAAUAUUUCAUUGUAGGCCAUUAACUCUUAGAAUUUGAUAUUACAUUUUAUUUCUAUCAACAUUUUAUAAAUUUAUGUUGAACUUACUAGCAGUUAUUUGCAAGUUAUUAUGUAACUAUUCACAAAUUGCUUUAUAUAAUAGUGUUCCUUACCAGCUUACUCCUUAAAGUUAGAAUCUGUACACACAUGUUAGUUGAUAAUCUAGACCAGUCAUUCUAGAGAUUGUGCAACAUUUCCACUACACUCUAGGUGUCUCUUUCAGAAUGGGAUAUUUCUAACUAUUCAUACAGUUUACUGUCAGUUUACUCUUCAACAAAGUUACAUUUUAACUAUGCAAAUUUUACUCAAAACUACCUUUCGUUAUUGAUUAAGUAAAUCUGGCAAAUGAUUGUUUGAGCUAGUUACACAAAAGUUAUUAUCAAAAGAAGUUUUUUUUUUACAAGUUUCAAGAUUAAAAAAGAAAAGAAAUUACAGGGUACUCUAAUGCACCUACCCAUUACUUUUCUUAAAUCACCUCAUGGUUUAUGUCUUAACCUGUGCUUUCCUCAUUUAUGUGACUUGCAAUCUUCUAUAUCAGGAAAAUUUUCAUAUUUAUUCUUCCUCCUCCCUGUUUCAUUUUAAGUCUAUUUAUCUUAUCCAGUAGGGAAAAAUAACAGUUGGUCAUUGUCCCUGUCAUUCUUCAGGGUCCUUCAGGCUUCUCAGUUAACAUCUAAGCCUCAGUUCUGCAGAGAAAAUCACUUUAAUCCUUUCCAUUUUUUUUUCUCCCCAGUCCUAUUUUAAUGACUUUAUUUAUAUUUAAGAACACAUAAAAUUAUAUUUUAUGUUAUAUACAUAUUCAUUUUUCCAGUUAAGUAAUAGUUCAAUAGUUUGAUAGAAUUGAGAGUUAAAAUGUUAUCAUUUGACCUUGGAUUCAACUAUCAAACUACCAGCAAGCAGCACUUAAUUUUUGUAUACCUAACAUUUUCUAUUAAAUUGUGGAAUUUUCUGAUUUCAUUAGUUAUCGCUAAAAAGCCAUGCACACAGAAUUGUACGUCAUUUACCAUUAGACAUUUUUAACCUAUAUUGCAGCAGCUUAGUGUUAUGAUGGAGCCACCAUGUUUUACAUAUUUCUUUGUAUCAAAUAUUAACACUAAAUGCAAGAUUAACUAUCAAGAGCAAACUGUAUAGUAAAUACUAUAUGAACAUUUUUUUGUAGACCACUUUUGAAAUACUUAAUGUUUGCAACAUAGCCUGGACUACAACAACUUCAAUUUAAGUUUUCAGUGACUGUUUUAAGUGUGUGCAUAAAGAAAAAUUAGAAGUUUAUCUCAUGGCAGAUGCAUUUGAAAGUAAAUAUGUCGGAAGAUUUAUGCUGUAUAUUAAAAUUAUGCCCCAAAUAAAUCUAUCAUAUUUAAAAAAUUCCAAUUCUGUUAUUACUAUGACGUUUGUAGUGUUACUGUUAAACAUUGUGAACAUUUACACAUUCUUUUUGUUUUGUUUUGUUUUUUUGACAGGCAGCGUUAGACAGUGAGUGAGAGAGAGAGAGAGACAGAGAGAAAGGUCCUCCUUUUCCAUUGGUUCACCCCCCAAAUGGCUGCCACGGCCAGUGUGCUGCGCCAAUCCAAAGCCAGGAGCCAGGUGCCCCCUCAUAGUCUCCCAGGUGGGUGCAGAGCCCAAACACUUGGGCCACCCUCCAUUGCCCUCCAGGGCCACAGCAGAGAGCUGGACUGGAAGAGGAGCAACUGGGACAGAACCGGCACCCCAACCGGGUCUAGAACCCUGGGUGCCGGCGCCUCAGGUGGAGGAUUAGCCAAGUGAGCCGCAGUGCCAGCCUACACAUUCAUUUUUAAAAUGUAAUUUGAAACCCAAAUUAAAAUCUUAGAACUAAAUCACGUCAGUAGUGCAUCCAGUUUAUGAUAUUUCAAAGCAAACUACUGAGUUGAAAACUGCAAAUUGAUUUUUUCUCCCAGUUUUGAAAGGCAUCAUAGGAUUUUUUUCCAUUUUAUUUAUACUUUUGGAUUUCAGAAACAUCUUAAUGUUUUACAUUAAAUCCAUAGACAUAUAUUACUUAAAACCUCAGGGCCCCUUUCAUCUCUGUGCAGUGAGAGUUCAGUUGAUAACAAACAAGCAGUUCGAUCCAGUUGAAUAUUUAAAGUGUUGGUCGCACAGUUCAUUUAGUGCUUCAUCUUACUAUUUACUUAAUUGACACAGACAUAAUCUCAGAUUUCGUUAAUCAUAAAAACUUGCCCAGUUCUGUGCUUACUAAAUCGAAGGAAUGACUCAACUAAUCAGUUACAUGUUGCAGCAGAUUUAGGCCUUAAAGCACUGACUUAAAACCAUUUUGGUUAAAUGACUAUACAUGAUUGGACAAAUCAUUUCAUUUUGUUUUUUAGUAAGAGAACUUAAACUAGUUCCUCUGAGAUAAAAUUUUUUCAAGAGGUCAUUUAUAAAACUUUUUUCUUAAAGUGCAUUAGUAAGUUUAUAGCUUCAGAAAUGGCUUAGGUGGUUUUGAGAAGGUCAUUUAUGGUAAGGUAAGCCAAACAGUUUUUCUAAACUGGUAUGCAGUAUACUUAACAUCCUAGCAGUGAAGAUAUUAUUUGUAACCAGUCUGUCUCCGGCUCUCCACCAAUCCUCUUAAUUAUAUAAAAGAAACAUUUUUAAAGAAGUUUAUCAGUAAAAAACUAAAUUACUAAGAGAUGCAAGUCAAAGAUAGGUCCCAGUUUAACAUUGAAGUGCUUGAGUUUUGUGACUUCUUUUUCUGGUCACAUUUAUUUAUUUAAAUAAUUUUUUGUAUGCCUUUGUUGUUUUGUUUCUAUAGAGAGUAUAUUGUAUACGUGUUUGUAUAAGCUGGAAUCAUCCGUAGCUUUCUGUUGAUAAUUUUUCAAAUGAAGAUACAUGGAUAAUUGUAAAAUACACUAACCUUUAGGGUGUUGUAGUAGCUGAAACAUGGAAUUAUGUAGCUGCUUUGCUUUUUCUGAAUGGACAGGAGAAACAAGCUACAGAGUAUUCAUUUCUGAGGAUGCUUUUCUGAAGAAAGAAAGGCUGAAAAAUAUUGGCACUUCCUCAGAACCCUCUUUCUUGUUAACGGGUAUCUUUUGUUGGUGUGUUUUGCUCUUACAUUUCAGAUAGAUAUCAUAUAUGAAUUUAUGAAAAAUUACUUUCAGUUAUUUUGCUUUUGUAUAAUCCAUCUGAGACCUUGCUAUGCUGUAUAAGUUGUGUUUGAUGGAUCAGUGAGUAUGAAAUAAAUCACUUUUCUUUUGUAUUAUCUAUGGAUGCCACUAUGAAAGCUGACAUUAAGCCACUAAAGAGUUUUCUAUGAAUAAGUGUAAGUAAAUGCUUUGAUAUAUAUAAACCUAAAUAAAAAGAUUGUAUUGAUACAGAGACAUUGGAGGAGAUUUUAAGACAGUUCUUUAGGUUUAAAAAAGGCUUGCUGUAAAAUGGUGCAUUAUUCCAUUUAUUAAAGAUCAUAUUAAUGACAACAA